UGCGAAUCCACCAGCAAACCUAUUCGGAUCCUGAAGCACUGCAAUGUACCUGGAUCGCUUAGCAUCUGGAAGCCUCUGGUCCCGUCGUGCCUUACGACGAGCAGUGUUUGUACAUAGUACGCGGUAGUGCGAACUACGACGCACUACCAGCGCGAAUUCUCUGGUUUAAUUUUUAAUUCAAAGAAUGCCUCGUCAGAGUUAGGUUUAGGCUACCAAAUAGUGUGUACUCGCUGACUCGCCUUCUGGUUGUUUAUUGCCGGAAGCAACUUAUCACACAUUUUGCCAUUGGGACGGGACGUGCUGACCUGACUGUUCUGUUCUCCCAAUGCAGUCCAUAUUGUAAAUAUUUCAAGCACACGCGCAUGUAACGUCGAGCUAUAAUACAACACACGACCAGAAUACACCCAGCCCCUAUCCUCCUUUGGAGAUUCACGCACCGGAUUAAGCGUGAAGAGAACCGGAGCUGGACGGACAAACGGACGGACGGAUGGAUGAGACUGAAAAGAACAAAGGUUUGUGUCUAUCCACCUUCACGUGGUGUGAUGUGGUAAGCGAGAUGCGGUGAGCGUGUGCAAUUGUUUCAUACUGUUUAAAUUAUUGAACUAUUUCUUAUUAAUGCUAAUGGGGCGCCAGAGCAAUGCAAUGCAACUCUCCCUCCCCGCACUUCGCGCUCCCUCCCAUAAAACAACAAAUGAUCGCGCGAGUGUUGCUUCAAGACAACAACAAUAUUAUCUAUUAUCAAUGCUAAUAAUGCUAUCAUUACUACGAAUCUAUCAUUAAAGGCGUAUAUUGUAACCAUUACGAAUAAGUUGUUCGGCACGCAGCAGAGCCAAGCGGGAUGACCUGUAGCAAACGACGACGAAGAGACGGAAGCGCACGGGCCUUCUGGACCCUGAGCGAAAGUCCUUGAGUGCGCACACCGGACAUCGAGGAGGUGGGCUUCGUAUGCAAAGCAAACUAGAGGCCAACCGGACAAAAAUCACAUCUCUUGCACCACUGCUUGCUGCCCGUGGACAAUACUGCAAUCAGACGAAACUCACUCGGCAGUUGGAGAUAGUAGAGAGAGAGAUAACGGUCCCUGUGUAAUUCGUUGGCAUUUUCUCUAGUCUUUCCCUAUUCGGAGCAGGCUAGAGAAUGGAUAUGGUUUCGUUUGCCGAAGGUAAACGGAAUUUAUAGUCUCGAGCCAACGAACUCCUUCGGAGUGGGACCAGGGAUGUCACCGUGGGAGAAGAAAAAGGUGGUCCACAUGAUGCAUCGCAGCAACAGCAGUUGGAGCGGAGGAGGUACUGGGCGAGUCCGGUGGAGCAUUCAUUUUCAAUGGAUUAAGCUGCAAUGAAAGGGCGUGGGGUGGGGGAGGCAUGUGUCCUUACCUAGCUAGUAGGAGAGAAGGAAACCUAUACUUUCAGUAAGAAAAAGAAGGUUACAACCGAUGCGGGAUUAUAGUUUGGAAGAAAACAAAAUAUAUUAAAAAUAACAUUGACAGUGAAAAAAGAAGAACGUGCGUAAGACGAGAGUUCAAAUAUAUUUAAACUUUUAUUAUUUA